AUGAAUUACAAAGUUGCCAAACUGCCCACCCCUGCCUCCUUCUUCUCGCACCUGGUUCGAACCCCCGCCCCAGCUUUCAAGCGCCCCCGGCCCCCGCUCGAAAUUCUCACCAUCUCCCCGCGCCGCAGCUCUCUCGGCUACGCGGGUUUCCCCCACUCGCUCCUCUCCAGCCUCCCCUUCCGGGUUCCCGCCCCGAAGCCCGCUGGGAAUUGGAGUCCGAGCGGCCACGGACUACACCUCCCAGAAGGCAGCAUGAUCCCGCUUGGAGGCCUCGCGCAGAAGCCUCGAGCCAAGGGGAUUCGCGCCCACCCCACGCCGGGGUGGGGAACGCCGUGGCCGAGGCCUGCCUGGGGCUCGCGCGCACCACCAGCCUCCCGGGACGCGCGCGAGACGCUAUCUGAUCAGGCUCCCGAGUGUGGGGCUGGCGUGAAACCAGAAGGGGGGGCCUCACGCCAUUUUGCACGUCCUGAGGCGGGUGCUAGAGGCCGAGGAGAACGGGGCGGGGGACGCCCCGCCACCAACCCGCCAGAAGGGAGCCUGGGGUCCCCUCAGGAGCAGCAGUCUGUGGUCGUGGCCUCCCUCGGGGGCUCUCAGGAGGACAGGAAGGCGGGCGAGCCCGGUGCUCAGAGCGAGAUGUGGGGCUCCAGCAGAAACUUGUGUUCCCCUGAAUGGCCCAGAGCCAGUUCCCUAGGUUCCAGUGACAGAUGUCCUCACCAAAACCAGCUCUCGGCCCAAACCCGGAGGCAGAGGAAAAACCACACCAGCAAACUGCAUGAGCUGGCAUUGCUGCUACCUGUAGCCCUGAAGACGGGUAUUAAGAAGCUCACCAAGAAGGAGAUUCUGCUGCAUGUCCUGCAUUACAUUCAGUACCUCCAGAGAAGCAUCGAUGUGGCCAAGGCCUUGCUCAAAUUCCACACCACCAAUGGAGAAGGCGGACAUGGGGGCUGUGCAGGUCGGAACUCGGCCUCAGGCGCAAUGCGGCGGCGACACUCCACCCCUUCAAGCUCCCCACACUCUCGGAAGUCCCGUCUUCAGGGAGCCUGCCGGAAACCCCGGAAGAAGAAACUGACAGGGUUUUCAGAACGCCAGACCCGGGCCCAGAACCCUCGCCGCUCUCUGGCCCUGGACAAGCCCAAGAAAUGGAUGACCCUAUCUCCAGAGCAGCAAGGAAGAAAUGCGGUGGGGACUGCCACCCCUUCAAGAUGUGCCAGCUCCUGCUGUCACCCCAAAGUUGCAUCAUCCCUGCCUCAAGGUGACAGAAAGGGAGGACAGCUGACAUUGCUGGACAUGGCUGAGAACAGUAUCCACUGUGACUUCUCAGGCUGCUGUUGCAGAAUCGGUGGCCCGGGUGAUGGCCUCUAUUGUGCCUUCAAGGCCCAGCAAGGGGCCGAGAGGAUCCAUUUUCUCAACAGGACCCAGCCCCAUCCCAGGCAGAAGCUGGUGUUCUAUGAUUCCAGUGAGGAGCUGGACAAGGACUCCCCAGAUGCUGACCCUUGGCUUCCUGCCUGGACCCCGGAGGGCAGCCCCCAUGGGAGCCUGCUGGACUUGGGGCCUCCCCAGAUUGCCAACUGGAGUGUGACAGGACACCCAAGCGAGAUCCUAGGGUUCAGCCCCUCCCUCUUCAGCUCCCCAGGAAAACUACCGCCAGAACAGAUCCUGGAGGAUGGCACCGAGUUCCUGACCCAAGACAGGAGAUCCAGAGAAGGACAGCAGGAGAUCCUGGAUGGGACGGCAGGACGGAGCCUGGGUGCCUGGAGGGAGGUGUUUCCACUCCAGCUGGCACCCUGCAUUCCCUCCCCGACAGCUCUCUUUGAAGAAGUGUGGCUAGAUCCCAUGCCUUCACUUUCUGACAGCAUGCUUGAGGCGCUACAGAACAAGGAGAUGCCCUCGGAGGCCCCCGAAGAUGCCCCCGACCCCCAUGGCCUGUGCCAGUCCUCAGUGUCGCUAGACCACUGCUACCUGUCACUGAGCGAGAAUAGCAAGGUGCCGUCCAGCUCCAGCUCUGAAGACACGGACACUGAGUCGGAAUGGAAGCAGCAGGAGGACACUCAGGCCGACCCUGAGGGCCUGCCGUCCUCCAGCGACGAGGACAGAGACUGCACGUGGACCCCCACCCGGCGGACCACAACCCUGCCCACGGCUGGAAGGAAGGCCAAGAAGGGCCGUGCAGGCAGGGGCCCGACGAAGCCCAAGGAAAACAAGAAAGCCCCCUGCCAGCCCCAGAUGAAGAAAAAGUGUGUCAACGGCUUCAUCAUGUUCUGCAGGAUGAACCGGAAGCAGUACAUCCGAGCCUGUCCUGGGACUGCAUCCACGGCUGCCACCAAGGAGCUGGCCCAGCUCUGGCGGGUGAUGACCCAGCAGGAGCGGAGACCGUACUGCAUCAAAGCUCGCAGGUUCAGCCUCCAGCACAACCGGAUCGUGAAGCAGGACAGCUCCAGCAGUGAGGACGAGGACUGGGGGACCCCCAAGCCCUUCUACCAGCUGCUGGCCGAGAAGGCCCGCCGGUCCCCAGACCUGGCCUCUCAGCUGCCCCCUCAACACUACUGAGAGGGUGACCCCCCCC